CAGAGUAUAGCAGGAGUUACAUGAGGCACGUGGACAAAAAUCCCGAAGUUUGAAUUUAGCGACGCUUGCGGUGUGUUUUGUUUAAUACACAGCAUUAUUCAGCAAAAACACAAGGAUAUUAUUUCUCAAGACUUUAAGUGUAAGAUCACACCCCCGGACUGCUAAAGGAUGCAUUGGUUUGCACUGUUAACGUGUAUUCUCACCGUGUCGCUCGUGAAUCAAGUGAGCAGUUUGGAAACAGUUUCUGCCAAUUAUGGGGAGACCGUUACAAUCCCAUGCAACAAAGGUCUUGUCAAAGCAGAGGACGUCACGAUUACCAAAUGGAAAUAUGACAAAGGGAACAUACUGGUGAAGCUUCGGGAUCAGAAUGCAACCGUUUUAGAUGACGUGAACUACAAGACCAGAGUCAGUUUGAAAGAUGACUUCAGUCUCGUCAUCACAAAAGUGACUAUGGACGAUCAGAGAACCUUCACCUGCAUCACCGUCGUGUCUGCUGACAUUCUGGAAUUCCCUGUUCAGCUGGCCAUUAAUAAGGCUCCGUCGCCACCUCAGAUCACAGAACAAGCAACUGUGAUGGAGAUCGGCAAACUAACUACGGUAGCGGAGUGCCGUACCGAAGGUGCCAACCCAGCUGCCAACAUCACGUGGUUUAAGAACAAAACUCCACUUGCGUCUGACGGAACAGCGAUUAAAAUCAGCCAAGCUGUGGAUGUUGAUAGCGUGACCAAACUUUCUGCCACGACUUCUAAGCUUGAAUACGCAGCGGUGAAGGAAGAUGUUAAUGCCAAAUUCACCUGUCGUGUUCAACACGUCCGAUCAGCCGACAUGGAGUCUUCACCUCUUAACUUCACAGUGAACUACCCAACCGAGAAGGUCAGCCUCCAGGUGGUGUCCCAGGGCCCUUUUAAGGAAGGAGACAAUGUCACCCUCAAAUGCACGGCAGACGGGAACCCUCCUCCCCCAAUCUACAAUUUUUACAUCAAGGGCGAGAAAAAGACAGUGGAAAACUCGAACACGUACACCUUGAGGAACAUCACUCGGGCCGACACCGGAGAAUACAAAUGCUCGCUGGUGGACGGGGAGGACAUGGUGGAUACGGCACAAAUCACCGUUGAUUAUCUUGAGGUGGUCCUCAGCAGCACCGGUAAAAUUAACAAGAAAGUCGGCGAGAGCUUUGAGAUCACUCUGGAUAUCGACGGCUCAGGAACAACGCAAACAUCUUGGAGAAAGGGCAAUGCCAAGCUGGAGAAGGCGCCUAAGUUUGACAAGCUGAAGUAUUCUGAUUCUGGAGUUUAUGGGUGUGUUGUUUCCAUGGGUGGCCUAAAGAAAACACAAACAUUUGAAUUAAUAGUUGAAGGCGCUCCAGUGAUCAAGAGCCUGAUCAAUAAGAAAGGUGAUGGAACCAUGAACAAGGUCUUGAUUUGUGUGGGAGAAGGCUCUCCAAAGCCCACCGUACAAUGGAGCAUCAACGGCACAAAUGUUGAUGAGACUGCUUAUGUGGAUGGCAAAAUCACAUAUAGCUUGACACUUAUUCCAAAGGUUAAUCUGACUGUGUCCUGCACUGUCUCUAAUGAUUUGGGAUCUGACAUUAGAAGCAUUAAUGUCUCAACAUUUGCUGAUGACGUGACAAUGGACAAACAAGAUAUGAAACAGGAGCAAAGUGAGCAGACUACAAUGGUUGUUGGCAUCGUUGUUGGAUUGUUGGUGGCUGCUCUUGCAGUAGGCCUGGCCUACUGGCUAUAUUUGAAAAAAUUCAGGACAGGCACAUGGAAAACUGGAGAAAAGGAGGAUGGGUCAGCAGAGGAGAGCAAGAAGCUGGAAGAGAAUCAGAGCCAGAAAGCAGAUGUGUAAUGUUUAAAGAGCCGUUCAGGGAUUUAUUGACUACUGUCCCUUCUAUCCACUGGAGGAGAGGUGUACGCGUCAAGGGGAAAUCUGAAAAAAUAAAAACAACUGUCAUGGAGGGUCUGAAUGGCUGGGCCAGUUACAUCUCCACCAUUGGGCAGUUAAUAAAUAAUGUGUGUUGUAAAGUAUGUGAAUUAUUUGCAUUGAAGAUCAAGGCCAUUAAGAAAACAGUUUGUAAAAAGUGUUCAUUUAGGCUGUUUGGGGUGCUUUUCUUUUGCCCUCUGAAGUAAAGUCUUUUUUUUUUCUGUGCCCCAAACUUUUUGUACAUGCAUUUUGCAGUUUCACUUGAUGUGUAAUAACACAGCGGCCUUCAGUUUUCAAGACCUUGUAUGGGAUGUGUGCGAACCAUGCCACAUUUACUCGGAGUAAGUCCUUUGUUUUAUAAUUAUAUAUAGUACCAAAUCUGUGGCAUGAUGCGAGGCAUGAUUUUCGCAGUUAACUCAGCACUUGGGUUUGAGUUUUGAAGUCUUAACAAGUCAGCGAGGAGACAAAUUGAGCAGUAAAAUUAAUAUUAUACUCUUUUGGAUUUGAAGACAAUUAUUUAGCUAUGUCUACCCGCGCAUUCUAAUCAUGUAACCUUCAGGAAUUGAAGACUUUGUGAUGUUAUAAAUGAGCAAAUAUAAUGCAGGGACCAGUGUUUCUUUAUUGUUGAAAACAAUACCCUGUGCUUGGAUUGUUAAGAAUUGUGCCUUGUUUACCAUACAGUUUUUAAAGACUAAAUUACAGCCAUGUUACCAUAUUUGUUUCAUUUGCUCUGACCAAUGUACAUUCUCAUUAUUCCCAAUAUUCACUUUUUCUCUCAGAUUAUCACCUAUUUCUGUGUGUUCUGAUGUAUCAUCGUUUUGUGCCAGAAUUGUAUGUGAUCCAUUUGAAGCAUUACUUGUAAAUAUGGUAAACUUUUUUGUUGUUGUUUUUUUGUUCUAUUUAUAUUGAUAAGGUUUAGCUAAAUGGCAGUGUUUACCAUCAUGUUAGUUGUAGUAAUUGUUUUCGGAAAAUAUACCUCCAUUGCUGUUGAAUUGUAGUUCAAUUGAUGGUAUUUACUUGCAGGCUUUAGAAUUGUGAAAUAGAAUCGUCCAGCUUUCCAUUUUGCAUAGUGGUGUUACUGCAUUUUCACAGUUCAGUGCUCAUUAGUGCGUUUAAACCACCAUCUAGACCAAAGAGGUUGAAUGUGGCCAUGCAAGUAUUGUACAUACUGACCAUUGUUUUGUACUUUUAGUUCAAAUAAAAGUGUACAUUUUUAGCAGUGUUUCUGUUCUUUUCAU